AUGUCUAUUGAUCCAGAAACUCGAAGAAAAUUAUUAGUAUUACAGAAAAACGGGUCCAACAAGACAUGUUGUGAUUGUGGUGCACCAAACCCUCAAUGGGCAUCACCAAAGUUUGGGAUUUUCAUUUGUCUUGAAUGUGCUGGUAUACAUAGAGGCUUAGGUGUUCAUAUUUCAUUUGUUAGAUCUAUUACCAUGGACCAAUUUAAGCCAGAGGAGGUUUUGAGAAUGGAGAAGGGUGGAAAUGAAAAGUUGAAAAAUUACUUCACCGAAAAUGGUGUGGACUUGAAGUUGGAAGCUAAGUUGAAAUAUGAUAACUAUGUUGCUGAAGAUUACAAGGAGAAAUUAACUUGCGAAAUUGAAGGAAAGGAAUUUACACCAAAGGAUCAUUCUGAGCAAUCAUUACCAGACAUUAACUCGACUUCAUCAAGCGACAAUAAUACUUCGAACGCUGCUCCUAAGCAGCAAGAAAAGAUUCAGUCUCGCCGUGGAACUCCUUUGUCAAGUGAACAAAAACAAAAUAAUGAAUCCUACUUUGCUGAAUUAGGUUCAAAGAACGGGAGUAGACCAGAUGACUUACCUCCUUCGCAAGGUGGUAAGUAUGGUGGAUUUGGUAAUACACCAGCUACUCAGUCCUCUAAACAAGGUGGAUCUUUAUCUGGAUUUACUAUAGAUAGCUUUCAAAGUGACCCAUUUGGAACCUUAUCCAAAGGCUGGGGAUUAUUCUCCACUACGGUUGCUAAAUCAGUAAACGAAGUGCAUGAAAGUGUUAUCAAGCCAGGUAUUAAUCAAUUACAAGAAAGUGAAUUAAGUGGUGAAGCUAAGAGAGCUAUGGCUCAGUUUGGUCAAAAGAUGCAGGAAACUGGUAAAUAUGGCCAAGAAACAUUCCAAAAGUUUACCAAUGAACACGGUGCACCUGAUUCUAAGUUCGGUAAGCUCUUUGAAGGGUUAAGUGUACAAGAUGAAUCAGAAGGAGUAAAGCCAGCCUUUGGAUUUCAAAAGCCAGAACAAAAGACCAAAUUGGAUGGCUUAAGUGGUGGUAAAUCCAAGAAAGAUGACGAUUGGAAGAACGAUGAUAAAUGGGAUGAGUUUUAA